CCCCCCCCCCCCCCUAAGUAUCCAUGUUGUCCCCCAAUGUAGAAUAGGGACCCGUUCUUUCAUCUUGGUGCUCCCCAAUAUCUGGUGCCUUAUCCUUGGAACUAACAAUUGGGGUCCUAUCCCCCCCCCCCCCACUCUCCUUCUGCAUAGUAUUGUCCACCACACGGAUCUCCGUUAUCGGGACGCAAGUUUAUCAUCGCCUCCAUAUAUCUGGAGUUACAGCUUCUUUUCAUCCUUGCACCCCAAUAUCUGGGGGGUCCCCAAGCCUGAGAUUUGUUUACACGUUGCCAUCAUCUGGAGUCCACCCGCUGCUUCUCAACUGUCCUAUCCAGAGAUUACCUUCUGCACCCCAACAUCUUGAGUGUACCUGCUGCUUCUCAACUGUCCUAUCCAGAGGCCACCUUCUGCACCCCAACAUCUUGAGUGUACCUGCUGCUUCUCAACUGUCCUAUCCAGAGAUUACCUUCUGCACCCCAACAUCUUGAGUGUACCUGCUGCUUCUCUACUGCCCUAUCCAGAGAUUACCUUCUGCACCCCAGCAUCUGGAGUCUACCUGCUGCUUCUCUACUGUCCUAUCCAGAGAAGACCCUCUGCACCCCAACAUCUGGAGUCUAAUCGCUGCUUGUCAACUGUCACAUUAAAAAGAACACCCUCUGCACCCCAACAUCUGAAGUCUACCUGCUGCUUCUCAACUGUUCUGUCCGGGGAAGACCCUCUGCACCCCAACAUCUGAAGUCUACCCAACUUCUUCUCAUCUGUUCUGUCCGGGGAAGACCCUCUGCACCCCAACAACAUCUGAAGUCUACCCAACUUCUUCUUCUCAUCUGUCGUAUCCAGAGAUCAUCCUCUGCACCCCAUCUGGAGUCCUGGAGUCCUCAUACCCCGAAUCUGGAGUCCCACCAUCACAUCUCUGUGUCCAGGAUCUUCUGACCACCUCUCCAUCUGGAUGUAUUGCUCCACCACCAGCAAUGGGGGAUUUCUAUGACCCGGAACACCCAACUGACUUACCAAUUCUUAGCUGUGAUGACUGCGCAGGAAGGACAGAGGAGGACAGAGAGCAGUGCAGAGAAGAAGAAAAUGAGGCCAAAAACGAGAGUGGCUCAAACCCUGGGCUCAAGUCAUCAGCGGCCUUCAAAAGCCUCACAUCCAGUAGAUUCCUGCCCAAGGGAACCAAAGCAAAGGUUAAUUUGGAAGAACAAGGACGCCAGAAGGUCUCGUUCAGCUUCAGUUUCACUAAGAAAACCUUUCAGAACAGAUUACGGACGGCUUUGGUCGGAGAGAAGCAGAGUGAUGCGCAGAAUGCCACCAGCAGCUUAUCGGAACAAACCAAGUCUAAAACGGAUGGGGUUGACUCAGUUGGAAAUGCUUUUGAAGUUUCCCCUCCGAAACCUAAAGUGGAACUGGGAAAAAUUCAUUUCAGGAAGCAUCUUGGCGUUACAAGCAAACUACCAGCACCCCAACCGCCACCACCACCUCCACCCCCACCACCUGCUGCUAUAACGGUUGCGGUACCCACGUCACCUGUAGCUUCAACUAAAGGAGUGCUUUUCGAGAAUGUGAAGCUUUCUCCAGCAUCUGACUCUGCAUCGGCAACCGCCAACUUGGCCGUAGCAUCACCCGAGAAAGCACCAUUGAGUACUCUGCCUUCAUUAUCGUUGACUAGCACAAAGGAUAAUGAAGAGGGCUCCAUAGUCUCUGUUGUGGAGAGCUUAAGCACUCAGGUGGCUGUCGAAAAGGCAGAAAAAGAGACCAUCCCUUCUAAAGAUUAUUCCCAUAUUGGGAAAGACGAAAAUAAUCCAGUCAGCGUAAAAAGCGCAAAAUCUAAUUCCAGCCCUGAAAAACCCAGUUCUAAAUUAAAGCAGUCUCACUCCGAUACGGCAGUGGCUGGUUCCGAGUCUGACGACGGAGAUUCUGUACAAACCUCCUCAAGCCACCGAUCACAUGAGGUCAAAAAGGCAGCAAGUAAAGAAAGAGACUCAAAAAGAAGCUCUAUGAGUUCGAAAGGGGAUGACGGUGGAAAAUAUCCUUCAACUAGAACAAAGCCUGUAAAGGAUGAGAAACAUUCUAGCUAUUCCAGGUCGGACAGAGAUUCAAAGUACUCCUCCUCCUCCUCCUACUCUCGUUCCAAGUCAGAUCGUGACAGGAAACGAAGCAGGUCACGAUCGAGGUCGAGAUCGCGGUCUAGAUCUGAUCGAGGGCCUAGAAGCGGUUCUUCAUAUUCCAGAUCUGAACGCUCACAUUAUUAUGAGUCCGAGAGACGGUACCAUAGAAGUUCUCCCCACAGAACAAGAUAUUCUCGCUCGUAUGCAGAUAGCAGAGCCAGAGACAGCUCUGACUCGGAGGAUGAUUAUAGGAGACCCCAUUCCAGAUCGGGUGACUCUCGAAGGCCCCCAUCAUCCUCUCAUUCCUCCUCGUACAGAGAUUCUAGGACUUCUUCACAUUCUAAAUAUGACAGAGAUCCCAAAUUAGACUCCUCGUAUGACUCCGAUCGAAAAGGAAGAACAUCAAGCAGAACUGAAAAAGACAUCAAGUCCUCAGAUCGAGAACCUACCAAGAGGGUUUCUCCUCAGAAAGAAGUUGACCUUAAACCAGCAUCUUCCCACUCUAAAGUGGACAGUAGCACAAGUUCUGCUAAAACAAAUUCUUCCAGAGCAUCAGAUGCCAAACCGGUGCAUGUGAAUUCGGGAGCUAAAAUGUCCAAAUGGGAUUUGGACAAAAGACCUGAACGUAAAGAGGGACACGGCCUUGUCAGAAAAGAUAGAGAAGAAUCUGCAUCUAAGGACAUUCCUGACUACAGAAAAAGUGAUUUCCAGGAUUCUCCACCUACACGAUCCAAAGAUGUUGAUCAUUCUCAUGUUGGAGACACCAAGUCAUCAAGUAGUCGGGAAUCAAAGUGGAGACAUUUUUCGGCAGCACCAUCGUUUGAAGGCCAAAGAAAAAGUCCUGUUCCUGUAAACGAUGACUAUUCCCCGGAACACUGGGAUUUUGUCACCCUGAGCUCCACAGAUGAUGCUCCUCCAGAUGAACAAUCUGAUGUGUCACACUCUGACAGUAGUAACAUAGACAUUCCUCUUAAUCUAGAGUCGGAGAAAUCUCCUGUAGCUCACCGUGAAGUUGAACAAUGCAGUAUUGUGGAAACAGGUGAUGGAAUACAUCAUCUUAAUGGGUUAGGCCAUGAUCAUGGCAGUGCAUCAUACUUUUCUGAUCUUAAAGACCAGCCUGUCUCUGUAUCAAAGUCAAAACGUUGGAGACUCUUAGACGACAAUUUAAAUGAGGCAAUUCCUUGCCAUCCUUCAGACAAAAUGGGUGUUUCCUUUGACCACAAGGAAGCCAUCAAAUUGCUAAAUUCUCAAUCUAUUCAAGUCGAUGACAAUCAUACUGUUAAAGACACUCAAGUCAAGCAAGCUGUUUCAGUUUUGGCUCCAGAAAGCUUAAAUAUGUCACGGGCUAAGUCUACUGACAAUGAAGUUUAUGUUGACUCUAUGCAGAAAAUCUCUAAACGUUGCACACCAGUAAACAGUGACGAGCAAGGCGAGACUUGUGGCUUACCUCCCACCGAGCCUUGUACUCCAAAAGCACCUGAAACUGAUUCUCCCUUUGAGGAGGAGACCGUGGCCGCCGCCAGUAAGGAGACCGUGGCCGCCGCCAGUAAGGAGACCGUGGCCGCCGCCAGUAAGGAGACCGUGGCCGCCGCCAGUAAGGAGACCGUGGCCGCCGCCAGUAAGGAGACCGUGGCCGCCGCCAGUAAGGAGACCGUGGCCGCCGCCAGUAAGGAGACCGUGGCCGCCGCCAGUAAGGAGACCGUGGCCGCCGCCAGUAAGGAGACCGUGGCCGCCGCCAGUAAGGAGACCGUGGCCGCCGCCAGUAAGGAGACCGUGGCCGCCGCCAGUAAGGAGACCGUGGCCGCCGCCAGUAAGGAGACCGUGGCCGCCGCCAGUAAGGAGACCGUGGCCGCCGCCAGUAAGGAGACCGUGGCCGCCGCCAGUAAGGAGACCGUGGCCGCCGCCAGUAAGGAGACCGUGGCCGCCGCCAGUAAGGAGACCGUGGCCGCCGCCAGUAAGGAGACCGUGGCCGCCGCCAGUAAAGAGACCGUGGCCGCCGCCAGUAAAGAGACCAGGGUGGCCAGUAAAGAGGUCGCCAGUAAAGAGACCAGGGUGGCCAGUAAAGAGGUCGCCAGUAAAGAGACCAGGGUGGCCAGUAAAGAGGUCGCCAGUAAAGAGACCAGGGUGGCCAGUAAAGAGGUCGCCAGUAAAGAGACCAGGGUGGCCAGUAAAGAGGUCGCCAGUAAAGAGACCAGGGUCGCCAGUAAAGAGGUCGCCAGUAAAGAGACCAGGGUCGCCAGUAAAGAGACCGCCAGGUUCACCAUUAAAGUUAUGAUUGACUCUCCCAGCCACAGACAAGUCACAACUUCAUUGCCAAUCUUUGAAGAGGAUGACGUAGAGCCUGUAUGGAAAAAUACGGAGAGAGAGGAGGCCACACCCGUCCUUCUACCAGAAGCUCCGACUGAGCAGAUAGAAGUUCUGAAGGCAAAUUAUGAGUCGGAUGAGGAAGAAGAUGAUUUUAAGAACAAUAAUGUCCAAAGUGUUGAUACUUCAGAGGAAGAGAAUCCGCCACCAAUUGCCGCUGACAGUAGCACACCUUCAGUAAACUUUAUAAGUGCCGUCAGAGCUUAUUAUUCUGACACAGAAGAGAGUGCAAGUGAAGAGAGUGAGUCGGAGGAUACUGAUUCCGAUGACAGCGGCCUCCCCAGGAACCGUUUGCAGUCAGUUGUGGUGGUCCCCAAAACUUCCAUCAUAACCAUGGAAGAUGACGAUCUAGCAUCGUCAUCCCCAAGUCAUCAGGAAAGUAUAGAACAAUCUAAUGAAAAUGAAACGGACUUUCCAGAAGGCCACACUCUGGAGCAAAUGGAACAUAAAGUCUUGGAUCAAAUAGAUAGUGAUUCCAAUAUGUCGCUAGAGGAAGAACAAGUGUGUGCUCCAGAAGUGAGUUCAUUUCAGGCUGCGGAACCAAGUAUCAUUCCAGAUGAAGCUUCAGAACUGAGACUUCUUUCUGUUAAAGAUUCAGAACCAAGUGCCCCUCCAGUUGACAUAUCGGAGCGGGAUCUAGUUCAUGUUCAGACUUUAGAGGAGGUUCCCAGUCCUUCAGUGCCAAUUCAUAUUCCCCAAACAGCUCCCAUCCACAUUCAAGCAUCAGAGUCAACUUCAUCCCCAGUCCAGAGUCCAGAACCAAGUUUUGCUCCAGCUUUGCAGAUAGACGUCAUUUCGGUGACUGAGCCAGACAAUAUUCACGUUCCUGUGUCACAAUCGGAUAUUGUUUCAGUACAGGCCCCAGAGACUGUUCCUGUUAUAUCGACAGAGCUAGGUCCCAGUAAAAGUUUAGAGCAGAUUCCCAUUGCUACACAAGCCCCCCUACAGCUGGCUCCAGCGCCAGAUCAAACCCCUCAGCAGGCUCCCUUUCCAACACCAGCUUCUCAACCAUAUCCUGUUCCAAUUGAAGCUCUGCAACCAUAUCCUUCAGUUCAGGUUCCACAAGCACAUACUUUACCAGUUGAAUUACAGCAACUAUUUUCUACUCCAGUUGAAGCCCAACAAAUAUUUUCCAUUCCGGUCCAACAACCGGAUGCUGUUGCAUUUCAGGCCUCCCGAGCAUGCCCGGUUCAAGGUCCACCUAUGGGUACAUUUGCUGGUCAUAUUCCACCGCUCGGUGCAUUUCCUUUUCAAGCUUCACAACACCACGGGGCAUUUCCACUUCAAGCACCACCCCCACCACCACCACCAUGUCCUGUCCCACUUUUAAUACCACCAUGCUCCAUUCCUGUUCAAGCUCCACCACCGCCAUGUCCUGCUCCAUUUCCGCCCUCACAACUGGGUGUUGCAGUUCAUGCCCAACAUUUGGACAUUCCCCAUCCACCCAAUGAUACUGAUGUCAGCACCAGCCAUCUUGUGACUGCUGGACAGGGCAAUAAUGGCGACAUGUCCACUAGAAGCAAUGAAAUGUACAAGUCUCAGACCAAACCAGCUGCUCAUCAGCCUGUUGCUUCAGUACCACCACCUAGACCUAGUAAAUUUGAAUCAAAACCCCUCCAUACCCCUGCUGAGAAACCAGAUAGCAGGCAACAGUCAACGUACAGCCAUGGUCCAGGGGCUGGGGACUUUUCCAGAGCUGAUGGUUUCCAGGCAGCGGAAGACUUAUCAGAUCUCGGUUGGGACUUCUCUCAACCAGAAAAGCCAAGCAGCACAUACCAGCCUCCAGACAGCAGUUACAUGUACUGUGGGUACCAGCAGGGCGGUGGAGUCUGCGACCCCUCUCAGAAUUACGGUGAAAGCACCCCUUAUUGGGAUCCUGGGUGCCACAACCAAGGUCCCAUUUACAACUACAGCAAAGCCGGUGUCCCGGUUCCCGACUCUCUCACACAUUGUUACAACGAAGACGAUGAAGACGUUGACGACGACGAUCUUGGUUGGGAAGACGACCACACGCACCACCAGGCCAAUAAGUUAUACUACGAUCGAUCCAGGGAAACCGGUUCCGUGCAAGCUCAUGAAAUCAGCAGCAAUUCCGUGAAGGAGAACCUGGCCCGAAACAACGAAAGGAGGGAUCAGUUCGGCAGGGACAGGUCUGAGAUGAAAGAAAGGGGGCCGCCCAAAAAACGGCGGCAGGAACUGGGGAGCGAUUCUGAGAAUGAUGCAGAAGCCCUGGAGAAAAGGAGAUUGAAAGCGGAGGCCGGCUUGUUGGAGUCUGCUGGCCCAAAACGAGGAAAAGCCGGCACCAUCUGCCCUAUGGAAGAAUUCAGAGACGCUCAACACUGGAAGGAGUUUUCCAAACUAGGAAAAAUGCCGCCUUACUUUGACCUCAUUGAAGAGAACCUUUACCUAACAGAAAGGAAGAGGAAUAAGAGUCACAGAGACAUUAAAAGGAUGCAGUGCGAGUGUCCGCUGCUCUCCAAAGAGGAGAGGGCCCAAGGAGACAUGGCCUGCGGAGAGGAUUGUCUCAAUCGACUCCUCAUGAUCGAGUGCUCCUCCAGAUGUCCGAAUGGCGAUUACUGCUCCAACCGCCGCUUUCAGAGGAAGCAGCACGCCAAUGUUGAGGCCAUCCUAACCGAUAAGAAAGGCUGGGGUCUCCGGGCCGGUAACGACCUGAAACCGAAUACUUUUGUGCUGGAGUAUUGCGGGGAAGUUCUGGAUCACAAGGAGUUCAAGGGGCGCGUGAAGGAGUACGCCCGGAACAAGAACAUUCACUAUUAUUUCAUGGCUCUCAAGAAUGAUGAGAUAAUCGAUGCCACGCUGAAAGGGAACUGUUCGCGUUUUAUGAACCACAGCUGCGACCCGAACUGCGAGACGCAGAAGUGGACGGUGAACGGGCAGAUUCGGGUUGGCUUUUUCACGACCCGACUUGUUCCAACCGGUGCGGAAUUGACCUUUGACUACCAGUUUCAGCGUUACGGAAGAGAAGCUCAGAAAUGCUUCUGCGGAUCUGCCAAUUGCCGGGGUUACCUCGGCGGUGAGAACCGGGUAAGCGUUCGAGCAGCUGGAGGCAAGAUGAAGAAAGAAAGGUCCCGGAAGAAGGAUUCGGUGGACGGGGAGUUGGAGGCUCUCCUGGAGUACGGGGAAGGUCUAUCUGACAAGAAUCAGGUCCUCAGCUUGUCUCGGUUGAUGGUCCGAAUUGAGACCCUGGAGCAGAAGCUCACCUGUCUGAAGCUAAUCAAGAACACGCAGUCGCAGUCCUGUCUGAAGUUAUUUCUGGAGUGUCACGGUCUGUCCCUUCUGUGGAUCUGGAUGGCUGAACUCGGUGACAGCCGGGAGAACACGAGCAACAGUAUCAAACUGCAACUGGAGAUCGUCAGAGCGUUGGAGCUCCUCCCCAUCCCCAAUAAAAAUAUGCUGGAAGAGAGUAAGAUCCUCCCCAUCAUACAGAGGUGGUCUCAGACCAAAACGGCCAUCCCGCAUCUCAGCGAAGGCGACGGAUACUCCAGCGAGAACACGUCCCGGGCGCACACCCCGCUCAACACCCCGACUAACACGCCCGAUCCCGCCGCCGCCAAGCUGAGCGUGGAGAUGGAGGGCGAGACGCCCAAGAAGCUGAUUCUACGCAGGCUGAAAAUCGUCAGCGAAAACAGCAUGGACAGCGCGGCGUCCGACACGACCACCAGCGAGGUCGAGGUAAAGGACGUGGCGGUAAAACAAGAGGCGGCGCCCCCUACUGAUGAACAAAAAGAAGGGGAGAAGCUGAAGGAGGAGGUCAAGGUGGAGGAGCCCCCGGCCGAAGAGCAGCCGGCCUCUGUCCCCAAAACUGAGGAGGAUCCGGCCGCGGAAGGGAACAAAGAAGCUUCGUCCGGUGUGGAAGUCUCCGAGACGGAGGGCAAGGACCCCGGGGGGCUGAAGGUAGAAGAAGCACCUGCAGUGGGGACCCCAUCGCAGGAUGAGGAAGAGGGCAUCUCCGAUGUGGAGAGUGAGAGGAGCCAGGAGCAGCCGGACAAGAUGAUUGACAUGAGUGAGCUGGCCUCCAAACUCCUGGAGGGAUGGAAAGAUUUAAAGGAAGUCUAUCGGAUCCCGAAGAAGACCCCGGCGGAGAAGGAGCACUAUGACAGACACCGGGAGUCGUCCUCGGGAAACUAUCAGACACCGAACAGCAAGAGCCGGGAGCGAGAAUCUGAGCGCCAGAGCCAAAGGAAGCGCAAGCAGUCGCCGUCUCCUCCUUCGUUCUAUGAGCGCAGCGCAAAAAGAGGCGAGGACAGCAGGUAUGACACUCCGGCUACCUCCAAGAAGAAGAGUCGCCUCCAGGACCGGAAUAAGCUGUCCACGGAGGAGCGCAGGAAGCUGUUUGAGCAGGAAGUGGCGCAGCGCGAGGCCCAGAAGCAGCAGCAGCAGAUGCAGAACAUUGGCAUCUCCUCUCCCAUCCCUUAUGAGUCUAUGCAGUACGGCAACCAGCUGCCCCCGCCUUACAUGACCUACCCUCAAGGUUACCCCAUGCAGUCCUUCUUGGACCCCACGAAUCCCAACAUGGGGAAGGUUCUGCUUCCCACACCACCCCUGGAUGUGGUCAAUUCUCCGAACAGCUAUGACCCCUCUCAAGGAAUGGUCAAUCCGGGUAUGAUGACUCCACAGCCGGUCCCAGUGGUACAACAUGUAGCACCCCCUAUGGAUGUCCCCACACAGCAGUAUGCAGCGCAGCCUGAACCUUUGGUCCAGCAGGACCCCAAUGUGAAUGUAAUGUCAGUACCGGCCCCCAACGCUGUUCAGGCUCAGACCUAUGGAGCCUGGGACCCCAAACAGUCACCGGUGCCUGUUCAGCAGCAUCAGGCCCAGCCUCCGUACCCACCGCCCCCUGCCCAGCCUGCAAUCUACUACCAAGGGCAGCCCUGCGCAGCGAUGUACGGGAUGCCAGCCGCCUAUCCUCAGACCACACAACCCAUGGUGCAGAGUUACACACAGCCCGGCCUGCAGUACAUGCCAGGACAGCAGAUGUACGCCCCUCACCCGCAGGGUGUUCUCAUGCAGCAACCUCCGCCUAUGGCUCCCAUCGUCCCUCCUGGGCAACCACCAGCAAUGCAGCAGCCUGAGAUGGGAUUAGGUGGCAAUAACAUUAUGGACCUUCCUCCACCCUCCCCACCCAAACCCAAAACCAUCGUCCUUCCUCCCAGUUGGAAGACCGCACGGGAUCCAGAGGGAAAGAUCUACUAUUACCAUGUAAUAACCAGGCAAACACAAUGGGACCCUCCGUCCUGGGACAAUGCUGGGGAGGAAGGAGACAGUAUGGAUCAUGAAGCCGAAAUGGACCUGGGGACUCCGACCUACGACGAGAGCCCAAUGAAGUCUUCCAAAAAGGCUAAAACGGCUGAAGCGGACACAUCGAGUGAGCUGGCCAAGAAGAGCAAAGAGGUCUUCAGGAAGGAGAUGUCGCAGUUCAUUGUGCAGUGCCUGAACCCGUACAGGAAGCCGGACUGUAAGAUGGGCCGGAUUAACAACACCGAGGACUUCAAGCACCUCGCUCGCAAGCUGACGCACGGCGUCAUGAACAAGGAGCUGAAGUACUGCAAGAACCCGGAGGAUCUGGACUGCAACGAGAACGUCAAACACAAAACCAAGGAGUACAUCAAGAAGUACAUGCAGAAGUUCGGCUCCGUCUACAAACCCAAAGAGGACAUUGAGAUGGAAUAGCCGCCGCCGCCGCCCUUUUUUUACCCAGCGACUGAGCAUUAACGCAAGGAGAUCGCUCGCACAACGUAACCGACCCAACCCAGGGGGGGGGCGGGCGCCAUAAUACUUUAUUUGGACCCCCGAGUACUAAAUUUCCCAUAACCCCUUCGGACUGCAGAAGCGACGACGACGAGCGCAAGCUCCAUGGACAGUUUCUGAAAUCGCGCUUCCUCACUCGCUUCUCUGUCAUGUCGACAAAAUGCGUUUUUUUUUGUUUUUUUUCCUGUACAGCGCAAUAAAUUGUGGAACCCCCCCGUUUUUUUUUUUAUUAUGAUCCCCCCGUCCCCUCCUCCUCCACCCGUACAGACGUGUAUUAUAUUUUAACAGAUGUGAAUAUAAUGUUAUAUAUUUUUGUUUCAUCAUCCUUCACCUGCAGUCAGGCGUUUUUUUGUUUUUUGUUUUCAUGAGUGCUGUUUGGUUAACAUGAUGAAUUUUCAUACUGUAAAUAUCCAAAAACGACUCACAGCUAAUUGUGUUUAUCUAGAUAUUUGGGUAUUUUUUUAUAAUUAUUGCUGUUUUUUUUGCCAUUUUCUGCUUUUUUUUUUUUUUUUCGCCCGUUGGCAGCUUUGUGCAUUGCUGGUUUUCAGUUUUUUUUUUGUUUUACCGCUUAUUAUCGUUUUACUUCAAAAUUUUUACAGAAUUUUUUAUGUAUAAAAGAAAAAAAAAGAGAAUAAAAUACGAUUUGCCUACAGAGAAAUUUGGGAGGAUCGCGGCAAAUAACUGUUUUGGUAUUUUUUUUUUUUGGUUCUGUAUUUUUCUAUUUUCGAUGGCAAAAUAUGUAAGAUGUGUGUACAUGACGUUCAAUGUACGUCGCCUCUGCCCGUGUGCUGUUGUAUGGUUGAAAAAAAAAAAAGUUGAAUAUA